AUGGACCACGUUGGCGAGAAAUUUCCUUCAUUUGAAGACACCCGGUUAACGGACAAGCAAUACCCCAUUACCCAGCCUCAGGAUACCAGCCCCCAGGUAGCUCCACACUCUGUCAAGAUUUGGCCUGCUCGCAGGUCAAGUCAGACGGGCUGGGAGAACAGAAAUGGGGGUCUGCACAAGCAUCGGUCAAAAAGAAGUGUCAGCGAAGCCCUGGACAACUUCCGCCAAAGACGAGGUAGUCUCAGCGUGAAUACCCACGAGCUUGCUGAAGCUCUCAAAGCACCAGUGUCCUACAAACUUAUUGCGCUUUGCAUUGUAUGGUACAUGACAUCAGCCCUCACCAAUACUUCCUCAAAAUCCAUACUGAAUGCCUUUCCGAAGCCGGUCACACUGACUAUCGUUCAAUUUGCUUGUGUCUCGCUAUGGUGUCUUGUCUUUGCCUACCUGGCUUCAGUCUUCCCAAGCUUGAAGACAGCCAUUCCGGCACUCAAGAACGGUAUUAGAUACCCAUCCAGGGAGGUCAUCUCUACCACCAUGCCAUUAGCAGUCUUUCAGCUUCUGGGUCAUCUCCUGAGCUCCACAGCGACUUCUAAGAUACCAGUGUCCUUGGUACAUACCAUCAAAGGACUUUCGCCACUCUUUACUGUGCUGGCAUAUCGACUCUUCUUUCGAAUCCGAUAUGCUCGUGCGACAUAUCUGUCCCUAGUGCCGUUGACUGUUGGGGUGAUGCUAGCAUGCUCGACUGAUUUCUCAAGCAAUCUUGUUGGAAUCAGCUGCGCUUUUGUGGCAGCUUUAGUCUUUGUCACUCAGAACAUUUUCUCCAAGAAGCUAUUCAAUGAAGCAUCAAGAGCGGACGCAGAAGGCAAUUCACAGCACAGCAAAAAAUUAGACAAGCUUAAUCUGCUUUGCUACUGCUCAGUUGGGGCUUUCCUUCUGACUGCGCCAGUCUGGCUUUUAUCAGAAGGCUUCACAAUCAUCACCGACAUAUGGCGUGAUGGCACUAUCGACCUGUCAGGCAAGAAGGGUUCGUUGGAGCACGGAGCUUUAUUUGUGGAGUUUGUGUUCAAUGGCAUCUUCCACUUUGGGCAGAACAUUAUGGCCUUUGUUCUGCUCUCUCUGCUCUCACCAGUCUCCUACUCGGUGGCUUCGUUGAUCAAACGUGUAUGGGUGAUUGUAGUGGCAAUCAUCUGGUUUCGUAAUCCGACCACACCAAUUCAGGCUUUCGGAGUGGCUCUUACCUUCUUUGGGCUCUAUUUGUACGAUCGAAAUAGCAUGGACGACGCAGCAGAGCGACGAGCAAAAGCGGAUCACUUUCGGAACAAAGCAGCGCUGCUACCUCUUACUGAAGAGCCCGAAACGAAGUCUGCAAACGGCUCAUUACCACGUCCUAGAACAGAAUCGAAUGAGCGAGUUUAUGAAUUCCCAGGCUCGUUGUUUAAGAAAGAAGGUGAUGCAGUAGGCACUGCUGCACCAAGGAAUAGUUUCCAGAGUAGUUGGCUACCUCCAGGAACGAAACAGGAGUCUACUUGGGAUCCAGCAGAUACUGGGAAUACUGGUAAACAUGGUGAAAAAUAG